AUAACUUGCAACAAUUUUCUCUUAGCGUGACAAAGUGGUGUUAUACGUCCGUGGUUUACUUUCAUAUGUUUAUAAGAUUUAAGCGUGCAUCUUCAUACAUAACAGAGGUAGAACGUGGAUUAUAUCUAAGGGCAGUAUGUGAAGGAAUGAGAAAUAUGUGAUUUAUUUUCGUUUUUUUUUUUUCAAUUACUUAUUCCUGGUUAAGUGGAUUUUAAUCAAACUUGUUAUAAAUCGGAAGUACUAGACAACCCUUUUUAAACGCCAUAGAAAAAAAAAACAAAAACAAAAAUGACGAGAACAGUGGCAUUUUUGUUAUUUCUGGGAGUUUUCGUGGGGAUUUGGGGAAAACAGUCUAAUGUUUGUAACAGGUUGCCUAUUCAUACUACGGCUCCCCGUACCCCCGGGGACAAUGGAUACAGUAUAUUAGUAAAAGGAUUACCAUUUAGUGGAAUAUAUGUGCCGGGAGAGACCUAUUCCGUUGUUGUGAAGAACACAGACAAGGACAAGGAUGAUGGUAUACUCGGCAUCAUGCUGGUGGCCGUUCCGGAAGGCGACGAAGAGGAAACAAAAUCAGCUGGAAACUUUUCGGUACCCACAGAUCAUGUGAAGGAAGCAAAAGGAUGUGGUAACACCGUUAUUACUCAUCAUUAUCUCGACAGAAAAAACAAGGUGAAGGUCGACUGGCAGGCACCCUCUCAAGGCGGCUGUGUCGAAUUAAGGGCAACAGUGAUAUCUGAAGAUCCAACGCGAUGGUUUAAGGAUGAUGGUGGCCUGACUGUCAAAAUCUGUGAUGAGGAUCCGACUGUGAUACACGAGCAAGGGGAUGUUCCAGCACGUGACUCACCAGAGUGCUGCGCAUGCGGAGAGGCACGUUAUAAAAUGGUGUUUCAAGGACUCUGGUCUCAACAGACACACAAAAAAGAUUUUCCAACCGGACGUGAAGCGCGUAUGCUCCAUUGGUCCAACAUCGUUGGCGCUACACAUACCGAGGAUUAUCAUAUAUGGGAAUACGGAGGAUAUGCUGAACGCGGAGUGAGGGAGGUUUGCGAGUAUGGUUAUUCCACGAAACUUGAAUCUGACAUGAAAGCAAAUAGUGACAAAAUCUACACGGUGAUCAAGACUAGUCCGAUGUGGCAUAACGUCCAGGGGAGCAGGGAAUCGGUAUUCAAAGUCAACCAGAAAGCCCAUCUCAUAUCGCUUCUUACAAUGAUUGGACCGAGCCCAGACUGGUGUGUUGGUGUUCCUUCAUUGUCCGUGUGCAACGCAAACUGUACCUGGGCAGACGAGAUGGUCAUUGAUCUGUACCCAUGGGACGCUGGUACCGAUAGCGCUAUCAAAUACAUCAACCCGCGAAAAAUCCCCACCGACCCCCCGGAGCGUAUCCACCGGAUUACACACAUGUACCCGAAGCAUCCCGAUUCACCUUUUAAUGGAGUGGAACCCGUGAAGCCGCUGGCAAGGUUGACCCUGACCAAGCUGAAGGAGGUGUGCGGCACUGACGGUAGCUCAUCAGGUGAAGAGGGCGUACCUAGCACCGAAGAUCUUAUCAACAUGAUGAAGCAAAAAAUGAUGAUGAACAAAAAGCUAGAAAUGAUGAAGUGUGCGUCAACAGACUGGACGGAAUGGACGGAGUGUAGUAACAACUGCGGAACCGGUAUCCGGAAGCGUAAUCGACAACUCCGCAACGAAAACAUACUACCCUCAAUGUGCAGCAACGUACGUCUUUCUGAAGAGGAACAGUGCCAGGGAAAGUGUAUGGAUAAUAAACCGAGCAAAACCGGAAGAAACAAGCUUAACGACAAUUUUGAGGUUCGGCAUACAUACGAACUUGAUUUGAACGACCCGUGUGCUAUAACUCCGUGGUCUGAUUGGUCGCCAUGUAGCGCGAAAUUGUGCGGACGCGGAGUCAGGGAAAGAUGGCGGAUGUAUCUCCGGAAGUCAGCACAGAUGAUGAAUUGUGGGUAUGAAAUAAUGGAACAAGAUGUCUGCUACGGAAUAAUGCGUGAUUGUAGAAAAGCGCUGAUGAUGAAAAACUUUACUGCAAUUUGCAGCCUCCCGCAAAAUGAUGGUCCUUGUAGAGGCAACUUUCAGAGAUGGUACUAUAAUGCUAUCGAGAGAAAGUGUCUACCAUUCAGAUUUGGUGGUUGCCGGGGAAACGACAACAAUUUCCAAACCAAGGAGGAGUGCAGAGAGCAAUGUGCUGAAUAUAUGGAAAGUAUAGAUGCAACUUUUAACACAAUCGACCGAGCUGAGCUGACGCAAGCUUCUGAUUCUGACCUCAAGCGUAUGAUGAUGAAGAAACAGAUGAUGUCACAAAACGCAACACCACAGCUUGACGGAACAGACGUCAAUUUCUCAAUGAGAAAGAAGCGAAAGAUGAUGAAAAAAGCGAAAAAAAUGGAGAAAGAAAAGAAAAGAGAGAGAAAACGACAAAUGAGAGAAAAGAGACGUCGUAUGAAAGCAGAAAAAAUGCGCAUGCGUAAAGAAAAUAUGACAAAUUCUGUUGGUGAGCGUGUAGACUGUAUGGUAACAGAAUGGACGCCAUGGGAAGAGUGUACUGAAAAAUGUGGUAAACAGUAUAUUACACGGACUCGUAUGAUAAAACGACCGGCAGAAAAUGGCGGGAAAAAGUGUCCGAAAAAAUUAACACGAAAGAGGAAAUGUAGAUUGCCGAAAUGUCCACGUGACUGUAAGGUCUCGCCUUGGAGUGAAUGGAGCUCGUGCACAGCCACUUGCGGGCCAGAGGCCGUGAAAGAACGCAAACGUAGCAUUAUGAAAAAGCCAAGAAACGGCGGAAUGAAUUGCCCAAGCCUGAUGGAAAGACAAUCUUGCAGUCUGCCACCCUGUAACGAUGAAAAGGCAAUGAAAGACUUUAUGGAAAAGAUGCAGAAACACCCGCCCUUGUAGGCACAGCGCACUCUUAGCCAUAUAGAUAGUGACUAUAAAAUAUGUCCAAGUCAUUUCACGUGAUAUAAACUGACAGAGACAGUAUUAAAAAGUCACGUGAUAGUUGUCUAGACAUGGAUUAUUAUCCUUAAAUACAAUCAGGGAUUAUCAAGCCUUCCUGUGUUUUCGAAAUUCAAAACGGAUUCUUCCAGUUUCCAAGAGGAAGAAUGUAAUAAACGCUUUGACAAGUAGAUAUAGCGUGUGUUGUGAAGUGAUGACAAUAACAGACAUCCAAAUUAGGAUGCGCAAGUUUUUUAGACAAAAAGUGUCGUCUACGUUCUUUUUUUAAGUUUUUAAUUCAUCAGAUUUUUUUAUCAGUUUUAAGCGGUUCCUAAGCCGUCGAUUUCUGAAGAUAAAAUAAAUACGCUGUCGAGAAAUGCUCUGAUCUUUGGCGGAUGAUAUGCGGAACUUUUUUCUUAUAUUCAGUGCCAGUUCUAUUAUGUUUUCGGCAGGUCAUUAUCAGAUUUCUUAGUUUUGAUACUGAUUUCUGCAUGUUAUUUAUGUUAUAGAAAGUGUAUAGUUAUAAAUAUAGUUUCGUUUUUUUUGUUCACAUAUCAUUUGAAUGUAUUUACAUAUCUUGCAUUAUUUCACACAGACUUACUUACAGGUGUCUUUACAAUAGUAUAGAAACGAAUCUUUAGAAUUCAUCAGCGGUUAAUUUUAGAAUUAUAUCAUGCAUUAGAUAUAUGAGCAGCGUUUGUAAAUGCAUUGCCUUAUCUUCAGAUUUUUUUGAAAAUUAUGAACUUUAAUAUUUUUUUUAUUUUUUUUUUUAAAAAAAAGGUACGCACAUUUACACACUAUUUAUUUAAAGGUUAAGCGUCAUUUAAAUCAUAUCCAUUUCAGACAUUGUAAAACGAAAAGGUAUAUACUCCAAUUGUUGUUAAAUCAUGACACCAGAAACGAAACGUUUUUAUGUAACAAUGUUGACCGCAAAUGCUUCAUAUACUGUAAUGCUUAGUUCUCCGAUUUUGCGGGCAGAUUCUCCAUGAAAGAUACAUUAAAUUUUGAUUCGCAAAUACAUCGCUAUAAAUUCAGAAAUCACCCACUAUAAGUAAUAUAUUUUAGCGAGGGGGAGAGAGAUUUCCGUUUUGUUGCUUUUUCAUACCACUAGUCUAUGCUUGUAAAUAUUCGUAUUUAAUUUGUUCAUUUUAAAUUUUUUGUUGUCCUAAACCAUGUGUUUAAGAAUCAUGUUUUAUGACUAACAUAAACCUUGUACAAUUCACGUUUUAAGGUUUGACUAUUCGGAGUGGCGAGUUUUCCUUUUUGUGUUCGCCCAUUCAGGAACAAAUACAAGGUCUGAGAAUAGUACGAUAGGCCAAUGAUGUGAAAUUUUGUAUACUCUUAAAGUAAGUUUUCAAAACUCACGGUGGUUAUACAGUGAUUUAUCUAAAAAUCGUUAAUAUAACCAUUUGAAUGGUUUGACAUGAACAAAACUGCGAUGCUAUAAAAUGCUUUGUUGUUAGUAUAACUGGUCUGCUGUUUGUGAUUUUAUCUUGGAAUGAAAAUAACAAUAGAUUUAUGACAGUGAACACAGGUAGUUCAACAUAUAUUUUCUUCCAUUUUUAUAUUGACUUGGUGCAUUGUAGUGUAGGUUAUAGUGUGUCCUAAAUUCUUGUUAAAAAGUUUUGUAAAAUCAACUUCACUUCAGUGUUAGUAGUCUUGGCUGGUCCAAAGUAUGAAGCAGUUAGAAAUUCUUGCAUUUACAAAGUAUGAUGGCGGUAAUUCAACGGCAUAUCUAAAUGAUACAUUUUUAAAAUCCUUCUUACAAACAAUUUCAGUUUUCACCUUUUAAGAUUUAUUUUACUUUGAAAGUUUUGUUUAAGUGUUGUUUUAUAGUUAACAUACAAAUUAAUUACAGACAAUAAUGAAAUCAUAACGAGUAAUAGCAAAACAUUGAACACGAGUAAAUCAAAAGGAUUCCCUAUGUACAUGUCAGAAACAUUGAAACAUGUAAGACUUCGAAUAUUCGUCUAGACCGAAUGCUAAAAUUAGUCAAAAACCUGUGCUUACGCUUAGAAAAUUAAUUUAAAGUCAUAUUGCCGCUUACGCGUGUUUAAAGUUGUGCUCAGCUGGAAUCACGUUUUAACAACUGCAGUGCUAAAGAUAUAUAUAUGAACUGUAUAUAUUUACUGUGUACAUAGAGUUAUGAUAUUAUUAUUAUAGUUCUGUACAAUUGUGAUACAAUGUCAUUUUUAAACUUAAUAAAAUAACUAUAAAACUUC